AUGCCACCCAAGCGCAAAGCUCCCGCCAGCGUCGGCUACGCCGACAGCGCCGGCGCGUCCACAAACAAGCGCUCCGCACGCUCGAAGCCCGACAGCCUGCGCCAGACGACCUUGAACCCCGUCUCGCCAUCCAGACCCCCAUCCGAGGCCUCAUCCAAGCCCCGGCUUGCGGCUGCCCCCGACUCUAAGGUCCCAAACAACGAUACCAGCAACAAGAACAAUAACAGCGCGAACGGCACCAAUGGCCUAAGCGAUACACAAUUCGACCAUAGCAGGGUAGAGGAAAGAUACGGCAUAGUACAACGGCAGUUCUACCCGCCAGAAAUGAGCAACGAACGCUGCGCCAUGUACAACAACAACGAGCUCCCGCGUCCAAUCGAAGUGCUCGAGGCCGCCCUCCGCGAGACCGGAGACGCGCGCAGCCAGAUCCCGGUCGGCGAGGCCGUGGUGCACUGGUUCAAGCGGGACCUGCGUCUCAAUGACAACCGGGCGCUACAUCUCGCGGCCGCGAAAGCGAAGUCGAAGAACGUGCCGCUGAUCUGCAUGUUCAUUGUCAGUCCGCAGGACUACCAAGCCCACCUUACCAGCCCCGCGCGCGUGGAUUUCGAACUCCGGACUCUGGCGAUCAUGAAGCGUGAUCUAGCGGCGCUGGAUAUACCGCUCUACAUCACGAGCAUCGACAAGCGGAAACGCAUACCCGAACACAUCAUGCAGCUAUGCGAGCAAUGGGGCGCGCGGCAUCUGUACUGCAACAUCGAGUACGAGGUCGACGAGCUGCGACGGGAGGCAAUGAUGACGCGGAAGUGUCUGGAGCGCGGGAUCGCGUUCACAGCCGUGCACGACGACAUCGUCGUGCCGCCGGGAGCGUUAAAGACAGGGCAGGGGAAGCAAUAUGCGGUGUAUAGCCCCUGGUUCAGGGCGUGGAUCGCUCACGUGCAUAAGCAUCCGGACCUGCUGGAGGCGUUUGAGGCGCCGGGGAGGAAUCCGACGUCCACGAGGGAGAAGUUCAAGGAGGUUUUUGAGAUUGUGAUUCCGGCAGCUCCGCCGAACAAGAGUCUGAGUGACGAGGAGAAGAAACGUUUUGAGCAUCUCUGGCCGGCGGGCGAGCACGAGGCUUUGAUGCGGCUGGACCGGUUUCUAAGCGAGAGGAUUGGAAAGUACAAGGAUACGAGAAAUUUUCCGGCGGCUAAUAGUACGGCGACGGUUAGUGUGCAUCAUUCGGCAGGCACACUAGCCGCAAGGACGAGCGUGCGCAGAGCAAGGGACGUGAACAAUACGAAGAAGUUGGAUGGUGGAAACCUUGGUAUAGCCGGCUGGAUCAGCGAAGUUGCCUGGAGAGACUUCUACAAACAUGUGCUGGCCCAUUGGCCCUAUAUUUGGCAAGUCCUCAAGAAGCGUCGAUUCACCAUGCACAAACCCUUCAAGUAUGAAUACACAAACAUCGAAUGGGAAUACAACGAUGCCCACUUCGACGCCUGGUGCACCGGGCGCACCGGCUUCCCCAUCGUGGACGCCGCGAUGCGCCAGCUAAACCACAUGGGCUACAUGCACAACCGGUGUCGUAUGAUCGUUGCCUCCUUCCUCGCCAAAGACCUGCUCAUCGACUGGCGCAUGGGCGAGAUAUAUUUCAUGGAGCACCUCAUUGACGGCGACUUUGCGUCAAACAAUGGCGGGUGGGGCUUCUCAGCCAGCACGGGUGUGGAUCCGCAACCGUAUUUCAGGAUCUUCAAUCCGUUGUUGCAGAGCGAGAAGUUUGAUCCGGAGGGUGAGUACAUUAGGAAGUGGGUUGAGGAGUUGGCGGACGUGAAGGGGAAGGCGAUACAUGAUCCGUAUGGGAGGGGUGCGGGGGACGUUGCGAAGAGGAACGGAUACCCAAAGCCGAUUGUCGAUCACAAGAAGUGUCGAGAAAGGGCGCUUGCCAGAUACAAAGCCGGAAUCGGGAGAGAAACGGCCUGA